ACGAUACCGGCAUUUCCGCCCGUCCACGAAUGUACCCCAGGAUAUCGCAGAGCUAGUGAAACUUCUUACCUGAGCCCAAUACGUGUACGACGUUGGGCCCAAUGCCGUUGAACAACAGUGACCCGUGGAAGACCGGCUGCACUUCCAACCUGUUCCGGUCCUUUCGUACCAGCGUGGAUUAGCGAUUUCCUACGGCGGAUCGCUUCGUUUCUGCCGUCGAUUGUCACGCCGCGGCGCCAUGCGUGGUUCCACUGUCAAAACCCAUCCGAUUUUCUCAUCCAAUCUCACCGGGUUGGGAUGAGCCGGGUGAUCCUUUCUAUGACGAUGCAAAACUGUCAGACGGCCUUCGCCCAUGUCGUGGGCCAAGGACAAGUGCAGUUUGACCACCAACCACGAUGCCGCUCACGAUUGAUACCCCACUAUCGUUCUACUCCAUCCCGGUAGUAUGGUUCACUACGUUCUACCCGAUGAACGCAAAGUUCGCUCUCAUCAACAAGACCAUCGGGUACAAUAACCUGAAGCCGCGCCAGAACACUCAAGUCAUAGCUAGCGAUCCGAAGGUAUCGCCAGAAACUGCAGCUCGCGCUGCACGAAUGGAGGGAGCUCAUCUCAACGGUAACGAAAUGUUGCCUCUGUGGAUCGGGGCCGUCCUCGCGGCUAACUUUGCCGGACUGUCAAACAGAACUCUCAACUUAUCUUCUGCUGCUUUUAUAUCCUUGCGCGUCCUCUACAACUAUUUCUACAUCAACCAGAAGACCGAGGCCCAGUCGUGGUUCAGGAGUGCCAUAUUCUUCGCCGCUUUACCAAUUCCCCUGACGUUGUUCAUCAAGGCCGCAAACAAGCUGCGACUCCAAAGCUUGUAGCUUGUAAAUUACGUUCGGUUGCUUUCAUGCAUGUGGCGUACAUCAAACUUGAUAAUGGACUGAAUUGG